UUGGACGAACAACAAGCGGAGCACCACACUCAGCAAGAUCAGCGGGGUUCUCGGGUCAGUCGAGUGUUAUUCUUUCAAGGUACAUCCUCAAAUGUUUUAGAACACUGUCUACUUCUUUUGACCAGGGUGUUCGAUGCUUGCAAGUGCAAAAGAUUUCGUUUUGAAUCAUACUGCCUAUCGAAGGAAGGCUUCCUUGAGGUUGUCAAUGAGGCAUGGAACGGUGGUGAAGCCAAAGAUGUGAGGAACCCGAUCUCUCUUAUCAACAAAAGAACUGAAACAAAUUGCCAAUGCCUUGCAAAGUUGGAGCACAAAGAAGUUUCGAGAUAGUAUUAAACAGAUUGUAUGUGCUAACACAUUCAUAGGCCUAUUGGACCAAGCUGAAGAUUGCAGACUAAUGUCAUUUCAAGAGAGAUGGUUAAGAAAAAAUAAAAAAUAAAAAAAGAAGCUACUAGGGUUCUACGCCGUUCAAAGGAGCAUGGCUUGUCAGAAAUCCCGUAUGACAUAGCUUAGCGUUGGUUAUGCAAACAUAAAGUAUUUCCACAUUCAAGUAAGUCACAUGAUGAGAAAAAUAAAAAAUAAACUCAUUGCAAAUGUGUAGAAUGAGCUAGUAAUACUCUUCUCGCAUGAGGAAAUUGAACACACAUUUUAUUGAGCAUUUAAAAAACAGAUUCAGCACCCCGGUGGCUUGGGGCCUAAAUUUUCUAGGAAUGAACCAAGUGGUUUUAAGUGCUAUAGAAAACCCCUUCACCAGAAAUGCUGGUAAUUCAUAAAAAAGGCAAGGUGGAGGCAUUCAAUAGUAUGUAUUCCAUUGAUGAAAGAGCCCUUGAACAGAUGAAUAGCACCCACACUAUGCUUUUGCCCAAAAAACCUGGUGCGUGCGAACCCAAUGAUUUCUGGCUAAUAAGCCUUGGUCCAUAGUUUAGCCAAAAAAAAAAAAAAACUCGAAGGUGCUAGUAAGAAGAUAGCUUCGAUUCCUCCAUUGUGCUUUGCAAAAACCAGGGAGCUUUCCUUAAAGGUCUUAAUUACACGAUGAUCGCAUCCUAUCAAAUGAGGUGGCAGGGCUGAAAAUCUGGCAUGGUAGUGGUUUAAGGCAAGGUGACCCAUUAUCACCUUGCUUUCUCAUAAUUGUGAUGGGUGCUCUAAGUUUGUGUUUGAUAAAGCUGAAGCUUGUGGGUUUGAUUGAGCCGCUCACAAAUGAACAAGCUGUUCCCCAAUGUUUAUCCGUAUAUGCAGACAUCAUCCGUAAGGCUUCGCCGGAAGAAUGUAAUACCGUAAGAGGCACUGACGAACAAAGUGGCCACGCACCAAUAGCAUUAAUGGCCACGCCGGCGUCGCAAUCCGCGGGGCGAAUCACGCACCGUCUGUGCUUUUUUGGCAACCCUGAGAAGACGAAGUCCAGCAUAUUGUCUGUAGAGAGGUGCGACAAUGGCGGAGGCCGUGGUGGCAGGAACAUCAGAUGUGCUAAUGCCGUUAAUGGAGCCGUCAAGAUCAAUGGGAAGGCGGCGGAUGUCCGCAGUUCAGCGGCACAUCCAGUUACAGUGGACAGCGACGACGACGACACCUUCAGGCUAGGCAAGUUCGUGGAAGGAAGGCUAGUGUACAGGCAGAGGUUUGUGAUCCGAUCCUAUGAGAUCGGACCUGACCGGACUGCCACCAUGGAGACCCUUAUGAACCUCUUGCAGGAGACAGCGCUAAACCAUGUAAUGAGCUCUGGGCUAGCUGGGGAUGGAUUUGGGGCAACACGGCAGAUGAGCCUCAGGAAGCUCAUCUGGGUCGUGACAAGAAUCAACAUCCAGGUCGACAAGUACAGCCAGUGGGGUGACGUGGUCGAGAUCGACACCUGGGUUGCAUCGUCGGGGAAGAACGGCAUGCGUCGAGAUUGGAUCAUCCGAGACCGCAGAACCAAGAAAAUGAUCGCAAGAGCUACAAGCAACUGGGUGAUGAUGAACAGAGAGACGAGAAAGCUGUCCAAGAUCCCUGAAGAGGUCAGGGAGGAGGUACUGCCCUUCUACCUGGACAGGAACAUCAUUGCCGGUGACAACCCCAAUCCCAACCGCAGGAUCGAAAAGCUCACCGACGCGACAGCGGAGAGCGUACGAUCGGGACUAGAACCGAGAUGGAGCGACAUGGAUGUUAACCAGCACGUGAACAAUGUUAAAUACAUCGGGUGGAUUCUGGAGAGCGUGCCACUGAACGUGCUGAUCGAGUACCACCUGACGAGCAUCACGCUCGACUAUCGCCGAGAGUGCCGUCAGUCGCAGCUCCUCGAGUCCCUCACCACCAUGUCUUCGACCGGGAUGCCGUCACCGAGCCUGAGCAGCGCUGACCUGCAGAGCACACAUUUGAUCCGGCAGCAGGACGACAAGGCCGAGAUCGUCAGGGCGCGUGCAGAAUGGCGCUGCAAGGAGCACCACUGAGCAAUUGAGACGCUUUUAUAUGUAGCUUAGUCGUGUAAUAUCUUUUUCCUCAUUGCUAGUUGCAUUUUUUCUCAUAAUUUUCGCCCUGGCUUCGCCGUUGUCUGGUGUGUUCCACUGGGGUUUAUACAUUGUUUGCUUCCUAUUUACAGAGCUUCAUUUAAGUGUUAAAUUUGGAUGGUUACCCCUUCUCUUCCAUAAUAGCAGAUGUUAUUACAACUAUUGUAUUAUGGGUUUAGGGUUUUAGGUUU